AUGUCUACCUUGUCCUCGCAACCGCCAAGUGAGGACUUCGAGGUGCGUAUUCGAGCGAGUGGUAUGGCUCACAAUCAUUUCGCCGGCACUGCUGCAAUGGGAAAGAUGGUUGAUCCAGACCCCCGUGGCGAUAGAGUCCAGAACCCUCGCGUCCUGGAUGCAAGUAUCUUGCCUGUAGGCAUUAAUGGUUACCUGUAA